GGCUUGAUCAAUCUGAACUGCAGUUCAUGGCGCUAAACCCUCAAUUGCUACCCAAUGGGAUACCUAUUCCCUUUGUUAAUGAAAUGUUCGUUCUAGUCAGAGAUGGUGUUGAGUUUGAAGUCGACAAGAUCCCUGGAGGGCAUGGAGGUCAUGUUAAGGCUAAGGGAGUGAUUUACUUGUCUAAUAUACGGAUGGUCUUUGUUGCAAGCAAGCCUGUUGACAACUUUGUUGCUUUUGACAUGCCCCUGCUUUACAUCCAUGCCGAGAAAUUCAAUCAGCCAAUAUUUCACUGCAACAAUAUUUCUGGACAAGUGGAGCCUGUGGUGCCAGAAAACGAGCAUAGAGCUUUAUAUUCAACACACAGUUUCAAGAUCCUAUUUAAGGAAGGUGGUUGCGGGACAUUUGUUCCUCUCUUCUUGAAUCUCAUAUCAUCAGUGAGACAAUACAAUAGACAAAUGCAACAAGCAGCAGAAGCAGCAGCGGCAGCUCCACGUGUCGACCCUCUUCAAGCUGCUCAGACCCCUGUAGACGAAAUGAUGAGACAUGCGUACGUGGACCCUAAUGAUCCAACGAGGAUAUAUUUGCAGCAGCCAUCAGGGGAAUCUCAGUUGAGGCGGAGAGCUUACCAUUCGGGUGCAGCGGAACAUUGAGAUACAUGAAAAAUACAAAGUCUAUGAAUACAGAAACAGCAACAGAUUAGUGUUGCAAAUAAGCAAAUGUGUUGUUGGUUUGUUUAAACUUGAAAACUAAAACCAUCUGUGUAAAAAAGAUGAGACUUGUUGGGUGUGUGGAUGUAUCUGGUAAAAUUGAAGUCGUAAUAAUCAUAAGUUUGGUUU